AUGGGCUGCGACACACUCGGGGUACCUCUCCCAUUUCGUUCGCCGCUGAGUCGCUUCCCUCCCCCCCGCGCUCCUGAGGGCGCGCUGAAGAGGCGGAGGGGAACGGAGUUUGGGCGCAUGGUGGCGGACGCGAAGGCGCUGGGAGCAGCAUGGGGCGUGCCGUGCAUCGACAGUCCCGCUUCCUCUAAUCCCCUCGUCACUCUCCUUUCCCCCUCCCCUCCUCCACUGCACUCCCACAACCAGUCCCGAGGAGGCAGAGGCACAGUGCGCGCUGCUCAAUGCAUCUGGCGUCUGUGUGAGUGCUCGCCUACUCUCUCACCAUGCCCUCUCUCACUCUCUCUGCCCCCCUCAACUGGCUUCCCCUCCCAUACCCUCACUCCCCUUCCGUUUCUUCCCCCUAUCGCCAUGGGGCUUUUUCUAGGCUCAGACUACUCACAGGGCGUCGCUGCUGCUCCCACACUCCGUGCCAGGCAAGGAGCGGUGCAGAGGGUGGCAGCACUGGGUGAAGAUGGCGUGUUAGCAGCGAUCAGAGAAAGAGGCCUGGCUGCCAUUUCUGUCCCCAGAGCUCGCAAAAGAGUGGGACCCGGCGCAGCGGCACAAGGGAAGAAGGGACAGCAGAGGAGGACGGGAGUUGGGGUCGGGGAAGGGAGAGGCAGGGGAGGUGUAAUGGGAUUGAGUGAGAGCGGUAUGAGUGGUUUUGGUGUUGGUACAUGGAGUAGCAGUGGGGCAGAGGGGAAUUCGUCAGCAGGAGAACGGGGGCGUGAGCAAGGGGCGAGGGAGGUGGAGGAGGAGGGGGAAGAGCAGGCGAGGGAGGAUGCUGCGAGGGUGGUAGAGGCGUUUCUGAACCCACCAUGUCACGACGCUGCAUCAGGUGCUGUCACGAGUGCGUUACAGAAGCACUGCAGCCCAUCACAUGCUGACAUCGUUGCUUUCUGUGACCGGCACAUGGCAUGGCCUGCUGAUGUCACAGCACGAUACAUUGGGUCCAAGCUGGCAGAACGAGACCUCAGGCGGUUGCACCUGGUGCAGCAGGCAGCAGAGAUCUGCGUGACACAUGGGAAGGAAGCUUCCAGGCAAUCGGAUGAAGUUGGGGGGAUGCUGGAUGGAGUGAGGUACAGAGUGGGCAGCAUAGUGAAGGAGCGGUGGGUGGCUGGACAUAGAAUGUUUGAAGUUUCGUGGACCGGGCAGCCUGAAGUUGAAAACUCGGUUGUUCGGGCAGAACUGCUCACCAGGUAA